GCUCAUUUGUUUGUUUCCCGAUCGCGAAGAGUAGUGUGUGUCGAAUAAAAGCGCAAAAAAAACCUUCUGUGAAAAUGUAUAAAGAAAUCGAAUUGAUAUUCGAUCAAAAAUUAAAAAACAAGUGAAUACAUGAAAUUAAAAACGACGCAAACAAAUCGAAAUUCGGGGCAACAGUGUAAAAGCAGUUGUGUUGGGAAAAAAUUCAAAAAUAAAGCGAGCGAAAAAAAAAAAAAAACAGAGUGUGUGAGCCAUUCAACAACUCGAAUCAAUUGGAAAAAUGGCGUCCGUAGAUAAAUCAUUGGACGCAGCAAAUAUUGAUGAUAAUGCGGAGACAGAUGCAACGUCAUCGUGUCUGAACGAUCCAAACUAUGCAAUAAUUUGUGUAUUUCUACAAAAAUUUGGUGGCCAAUUGAAAAUCGAGCAUCCGGACUUUUUGCGAUUACAGAAAAUGAUCGAAAAUACGGACGAGGUUCAUGAUGAGUUAAAACAAUUCUUUGUUAAACUUCUGCGAAAGACGAGAAAAAGUGUUCAGCCAGACAAACUGGAUUCGGCGCUUGCCAAAUUUUGUUACACAUACUCUGCACAAGAUGCUUGGGAAGUCGAACGAUUUGGUUACAAAAAAUCAAGUUUGGCCGUUAAGCUACGGAUAUUAAAGGAGGUUCUAGAGAGUCAAUUCGAUAAGAAUCCAAAUUUUCGUACGCUAAUCAGUGCGCAGACAGCAGCUGAACUUCGAAGUCAACCAUUGGGCAAAGAUAAGCUAGGCAAUGCAUAUUGGAGCAUAGUGGACGAACAGUGCAAUUUGCGUAUAUAUCAAGAGCAUUUGGAUGAAGAAAUUUGGAAAGUGGUUGCAACGAAUCGCGAUGAAAUGGCCAAAUUAAUUACAUGCCUUCGUGGCAAUGAGCUGGUUAUGCCAUCACUUGUUGGUAUUAUCGAUGAAGACAGCAGCAGUAAUAGUAUGCCGGCAAAAGUUGAUGCAUUACAAAAUGAAAAUGGCACCAACAAUACCACCAACGAUAGUGACGAUAAAAAUGUACCAUGUCUUAAAAUAAAAUUGAACUCAAAUGGCGGCGAAUCGACCGUUGAACAAAUAUCAAACAGUGACAAUACAAACGGUGCUAAAAAUCCAUCACAAAACGAUAGCAUUGAAGACGACGAUGGUGAGGAAGAGGAGGAGGAUGCAAGCAUUAUGUCAGAAAUUGACGAACAAUCACAGGCAGCUAGUGAAAGCAGUGCAACUACCGUUGGAACAAAGUCAAAUGAAACACAAGGAUCAAAGCGAAUAUCAUUGAUGGCCUCGAAACCACCGUCAAAUGCAAAUAAAUUAAAACUACGAAUAUUUGCCACCGAUACGAAAACAACAAAACGCAGUUUAGACGAUGAUUCGGAUACGGCAGGUAGCAAAAAUAAACGACCAGCGAUGCAAGAUAAAAAGAAUGGAGAAGACGAUGACAGUGAAUUCGACAGUGAAGAAAUGUCUGAUGAAGAAUUGGAUGAGAGUGGCAAUGAAGGAAGCAUUGGUCAAGCCAUUGAAGAGCCAACGAUGUAUGUGCAAGGCGAAGGAUCUGGGACGGAUAAUAAUUGUGAAAAUACCAUGUGGUUAGAUUGUUACAAUGAUGAAUGUGAUGACAAUGACGUUGGUGAAUCGAUUGAAGAGGAGAUAAUUUAUGUAUUUGGCGAAGGAAGCGGACGGGAUUGUGAUGUUGGAAACAAUGACAUUAAAUCAACCGAAACACCGCCGAGCAGCAGUGCAACAACAGCACCACCACAGCCGGUUGUUCAAAGUAAACCAAUGUUUUUCUUUGGCACAGCUGGCUGUUUAAAACUCAGUCCAAUGAAACCAGUUGUUACCGCGGAAGAUUCGUCCGCCACACAUGAAAAUAAAAAUGACAUCGAAAAUGAAAAAUGUCAAGAGUCUUCUUCAUCGUCAAUUGCUAACGAAUCCAGUACCAACGAUACAAAUUCAAUUGCCUUAGAUGCCAAAAGUGAAUGUUCCGCACCGGAAAAUACAGCAAACAGUACCGAUGAAACGGAUAAAGGAAUCUCAAUUAAUAACGAAACAGUAGCCAUUCUCGCAAAUGAACCACAAAACAAUGUUGGCGAUAAAAUCGAUAGCACAUCAACUUCCAAAAAUGAUUCAACAACAAAUGAAAACAAAACACAAAUUGAAGCCACAACGCACGCCGACGAACAAUUGAAUGUGACGGCUUCGAGUGAAUCAUCAUCGGCUGCGACAAUAGCAAAUGAAAGUUCUAAAGAAAAUAUCGAAUCAAAUAGUUCAGUGGCCUUAGCUAAGAUAUCAGUACAAGAAAGUGAAUCGAUUGAAGAAGAAUCAUUGCCUACGACAAGUACAGUGUUGCAAAUUGAAAGCGAUUUAUUAUCGAACGAUAGAGAAAAUGAUAGUUGCCUAGAAAAGCAAUGGCCAGAACCUCGGGUGCCCAAUGACAAGGUGGCAAUUGAAAAUCAAUCCGAAAAUAAACUUAAUGAAAGUAGUGAAAUUGUGAAUGAAACGAACGAUUUGGCAAAUAAAAGUGAACUGGAGAAUGAUAAUCAAAGUAGUGUAAGUCAAUUUGAAAACGAACCAAGUGGUGAACAAGCAAUCGAAUUUCCUACUUCCAAAACUGAUGUGAUUGCCGAAAUAAAUGAGCCAUCCGAACAAGUACAAGAAACAAACGAUUUAACCGAACGAAUUGAAAGCGAUGUUACGCCUUUGGUUGAGGAAGAAGUUCCACAAAAAACAGAAAAUGAAUGUUCAAAUGUAGUGGAUAAUGAGAGCAAUAAUCAAGUUAAGACUGAUAGCCCAAACGAACAAAAUGCUAUUGAUUCGGAACCAAUUGGAAAAUUGUCACCAGUUCAAGAAACAAGUGAACAAAGUGUUUCGAAUGUUAUUGAAGAAACAGAAUGUAAAGAGCUAGAAAAUAAUCCACCUACAUCCAUUGAAACUCCAAUUGAAUUGCCUAAGCAAAUCGAAAACACCAUACAAGAUGAAACACCAUCCGAACAAACGGCUGAAUUAAUUGAAGCCGAAGAAACGCCCAAACAACCAGAAGUGACCUCAGCACCAAUUGAAAGCCACAAUGAACAACCGCCACUUUCCCAUGAAAGCAUUGAACAACAAAUUGAAGAACAAAGUGAGGAACGAAUUGAAAGUCCAUCUACACCAAUUGAAUCUGUGGUGAAUGAAUCUCCCAAAACACCUUUAAAUGAAAUUGACCACGAAGAGCCGGAGCUGGAACCGGAGCCAAUUUCGAAUGAAACUAUCGAUAGCGAGUCCAUUCCGAGCGAUAUAAUUGAAUCCACUUCAAUCGCAUGCGAACCGGAAGCCAUCGAGCAAAAUAAAAGUGAGAAAGAGGUCGUUUCAAUAGAAGUCUCUGAUCUCGUUAGUGAAUCACAACCCGAACAAUCAAAAUCCGAAGACGCAUUAGAAGACCAAAAUGUAGCAGAGCCACAGACAACUACUACUACUGAAUUGAUGCCGGUGCCAGUGAUUGAAAAGCGAAAAUCGAUCGAUCAAAUUGAAGAAGCAUCCGAACGUAAAAAAAUUUGCGAAGAAAAGGUGACCGAAGAGUUUGAACAGCCGCCAACACUCGAAGAAGAAAAACCAAUCGAAAUUCCAUCAAUAAGUCAAUUGGAACCAUGUGUUUCCAAUUCAGCCGAGGAAUAUGCAGAGAUUACUGACAAAAAUGAAAUAGCUCAAUCUGAUUUCAAUGCGGCGGAGGUGCCAAAUCAGUUGGAAGCAACAAAAUCAUUGGGAGAAGUGACAUUGAUUGCUUCAAACAAGGAAGAAUCAUCCACAGAUUCCGUGGAAACCAAAGUUGAUAUUUGGCAUGAAACAUCAAAAAUCGAUCAAGCCGAUUUACCUGACAAAGUCUUAGUUGCUUCGGUCGUAAGUGAGGUACCAGCAAUUGUAAGCGAAAAAGAGCCGGUGUCAAUCGAAACAAAUGUGGAAACGACAGAGGUCACAGAAACGCAAGAAAGUGUAUCAAUUGUUCAAAAAGAUCAAAAAGAAGAAGAUGCAACUCAAAACACACGAUCUGCCCAAUUACGAAAUCGUAAGCGUCGAAUAUCGGGUGAAAAGGCACGUCAUUCGUCGGAAAGUGAUGAUAAUAAUGAUGCAUUAAUCGAGUCACCACUGUCACAAGACGCUAGCAGUGACGAAGAAGUCGGCGGAAAACGUAUUAAGAUGCGACCAAAAACGGUGAAGAGAACGUUACGCAAAUCGGUUGAACAAAAACGUAAUAUCAAAGACACUGAUUGGAGCAGCGAUGAGAAUGAAAAACCGAACGCGAAACGAGCAACAAACGAUAUUUCGAAACAAACAGAAAAUAUAUUACCAUCACCGGAACAAAAUGCACCUGAUGUUAAAGAGAAAAAACCAUCGCCUAUCAAAGAGGAAAGUGUGGGGCCGGCAGAAAAAAAGGUAGAAGCACCAAGUGCGAGUGAAGAGACAAAAAUCAAAGCUGAAGAACCCGAAGAACCGGCCGAACAUCAAUCUGAUGAAGAACAAGCCACACCAACUCGUCGUCCAGGUCGACCGGCUCGACGUGGCAGAAAACCAGGUCCAAAACCAAAACAAAAACCAGUGGAAGAGGUCAAAGUCGAUGAGAUAAAAGAGGAAUCCAAAGAAGAAACAACCGAACAAACUGAAUGUAUGAAAGAAGAGAAAAUCGAAACGCCAUCCAUCAAACCGGAAACACGAAGAAAAAAGAGAAGUUUGCUUGGUUUGGAUAUUGCUGAAAUUGAAUCGGCACAAGCAAGUAUUGAUGAGACUCCGGUGCGACAAUCACGACGAAUUGCACAAAUUAAAAUUCGCGAAGAGGCCGAACGCCGUAAGGCCGAAGAGGUUGCACUGCAAAAGAUGAAAGAAGCAUCGGAAAAGAAGAAGAAAGGUGUUGUUGUCAAAGAAAGCGAAUCGGAAGAGGAGAAUAGCGAAAGUGAGGUAAAAUUGGAGAAGAAAAAACGACUUAAAAAGGUCAAUAAGGAUAAACCAUGGCAAACCAAUUCGGACGAUUCAAGCGAACGGGAAGAGGAAGAUGUUUAUGAACAUGAGGAUGUUGAACGUUUACCACCAUUGGGAUCGGAUCAUGAAUUUUCACCCGAAUCCGACAUUGAAGAUGAAUCACAAAUUGUACCAACAAAACGUGCACGAACUGCACGCAAGGAUAAAACGGAGCGCCGCGAAGAAGAAUCGGAAGAAGAAGAGGAUAUUCAUGCCUGUCAAAAAUGCAGUAAAAGCGAUCAUCCCGAAUGGAUUUUAUUGUGCGAUAAAUGUGAUAAAGGUUACCAUUGUUCAUGCUUGAUUCCAGUGCUAUUCGUUAUUCCCGAAGGAGAUUGGUUCUGUCCGCCAUGCCAACAAGAUAAACUGAUCGAUCAAUUGGAGGCAAAACUUAUCGAGUACGAUAAUAUGGUGCAACAGAAAGAAAUUGAAGAAGCACAACGUCAACGAUUAUUGCUAACGACAAUCAGUGAAGCAAAUGUUAUAAAAGAUACAAGACGAGAUCGUCAACGUUCACGCGCUCAAGAUAUCGGAUCGGAUGACACAGAUGAAUCAUCGUCAACGGACGAAGAAAGUGAGGCCGAAGGAAAGGCAAACAAUAGCGAACGACGAACAAGACCGCGAACAGAACGACAACGUAAUCGAAUUGAAAGCAGUGAACAUAGCAGCAGUGACAAUACAUCGGACAACGAACCAAUUUACAAAUUACGCAAACGACGUCAAGCCAAUGUUAGUUACCGAUUUAACGAGUACGAUGAACUGAUCAAUCGUGCCAUCAAAUCGGAAAUGGAUGAAGUGGCCGGUGCUGGUAAUUUGGGACGUGGCAAAGAUAUAUCAACCAUUAUCGAUGCGGUUAAAGAAGAAAAACGUCUGAAAAAACUCGAAGAACAGCAAAAAGAACGUGAACUAGCUGGUGAAACAAAGAAAAACGAUGAUAAGGAUGAUGAUGGUAAUGAUAAUGAUUCGGAUGAUCAACCGUUGAAAUCGAAAGCCGAUAAGUCUGAUGGUAGCGAUUCAGAACCGAUUCGACCGAAAGCGAUUAAGCGUUCAAAGAAUAUAAGCAAAAAGAAGAAGAAACUGAAUAGUUUGGACAUUGAUUCAGAGGAAGAUGCCGAUUCAUCAGACGAUGACUUCAACACCAGCUCCUAUUCCGAUGACGAAGAAGAAGACGAUUCAAGUGCGCCUAGUGAAAGUUCAUUGGACAGCAUUGUGAAGAAGAAAAGAAAAGGUCGUGGCGGUAUAUCAACUCGACGUUCGGUUCGUGAACGUAAAAAGCGAUACGAUGCUGAUUUCAUCGAUGAUUCAUCGUUUGAUGAUGAAGAUAAUGUUCCACUUGUGAAGAAGAAGAAGAAAGUCGAAUCGGAUUUUGAUGAAUUUGACGAUAGUUCGGAAGAGCUAGAGGAAGACGUUGAUAGCGAUGAUUUGUGUGACGACAGCACCGAUGAAAGUGACAGAUCUUGGGGAAAGAAGAAAAAGAAAGCAUCGUCAUUCAAAAGUAGCGGCAACAAUAAAAAUCGUAAGAAGAAGCCAGAUGGUGAGCGAUCAUUCAAAGGCAAAACCGCAAAGAAAAAAUCGAAAAUCUCCGAUGAUGAUGAUGACGACGACACUGAUGAAGAAUAUGGCGAUGAAGUGCUGCCAAAAAGUCGUCGAACACGUGGCAAAAAACUGCCAUAUCUAUUGGACGACGAUUUCGAUAGUUCAGACGAUGGAAUUAAGCCCGGAGUUAAACGUCCAGAUACACCGCCAGAAGAACGUGCUGCAUUCAUAAAGAAACAAGAGGAAAUCAAGCGAAUGUUAGCUGAAAAAGAAAAUGACGAUAAAUCACUGCAAAUUCCACCGCCACAAAAUGAUUCGUUAUCAACGAUACCACCUCAAAUCAUCCAAUCAGCCAAAGCGCUCGAUGUUGAUCUAAAGAAAUCGGCCAUCUUACAUCGAAAUGCCAGCGAUAACGAUUCGAAUGGUUUCGAUGAUGAUUUGCCAGAAGAUUUUGAUCCCGAAGACAUGGACGAAGAUGCGAUUGCCAAAAUGAUGGAAGAAGAAGAAUUUGCACAACAACAAUUAAAAUUGGCCGGUGAAACUAUACGAAAUCGUAAACUAAAAGAUGCAUUAACGGAUCCAAUGAAAAAAGACGAUUCACCGACCAAAUUAACCAUUGAAACUGGUGCAAGCGUUAUAUUGCCAGUGAAUAUACCUCCAUCAUUGGUAUCGCCAUUACCACUGACAGCGUCACAAUUAACAAUACCCGAUAUUCCACCAUCAAUGUAUACGGCACAAUUUCAAGGUGCAAACAGCAAACAAACAACAACACCAAAAAAACGGGGACGAAAAACAAAAGACGACAUUUCACCAAUUAUCGCACCAUUAUCAAAAGAACCACAUCCACAAAUACCAACAAUACAACAUACAUCAAUUUUAACACCAAACAAACCAAAUACUCCACUCAAUAUGCCAUCAGUAUUACAGCAUGCGCUCACACCACAAUUAUUCACAUCGCCAACCAUUCAACAUACAUCGUCGGUCAUUGCUCAUUCGUCGGUGAUUCAACAACAACAACCGCCACGGCUGCCGCCAAUGCAACAAACAGCUGCAUCGGCCAUGCUGGGCCUAGCACAAGCUCGUGAUCAUAUUAUACCAUCAACAUUGAACGUACAAAAUACACGACUAUUGGAUCCAUCCGAACUUGGCAAGCCACCCGAAGAUUUACUCGAUCCGUCGGCGAAAAAACGAGCACGAAGUAGAAAAAAGAUUACACCGACCAGAGAAUCAUUGACAUCACCGCCAAAUGUUACCGUUUCACCGGGUGGUAUCACUCAAUCAACACCAGUCACAAUACCAAAUGUUCCGAACGUAUCGAAACCACCAUCAUCCAUCUUAUCGGAACGGUUAUCAGCCAAUCCAGUUGAUAAAGCCGGACUAUCAAUCGCCACUCCACCAUCACUAUAUUCAGCAAGCAGUCGAUCUCAAGCAUCGGUCAUUACACGAUUGACACGACCAUCACAACGACAACCUUUCCCAUCUGGACAAUCUCCGCCACAACGAUAUUAUGCACCAAACACAUCAAUGCCACCACAUUCGAUACCAUCAACGGCAACUGGAGCACAUUCACGACCAUAUCAUACGCCAAACGUAACCGUUGCCUCAGGUCAAAGACCACCGCCUUUAGUUCCACCGCCUCACGCAAGCAGUCAUCUACCACCUCAUCCAAUGUAUAUGCGAGGGCAACCUGGUAUUUAUGGCGGCUAUCCAAAUAUUCAACCACCGCCAAUGCAUCGAUCAUUACAAUCACUCGAACAUGCUACGAAUUCCCCACAAAAUUUCCCAGGAGCAUAUCAAAAUUUGCCAUUUGGUGGUUAUUAUGCGGCAGCUGCAGCAGCCGAUCGAAGAUCAGGUGCAAUAAUUGGUACAUUCGAACCAUUUGAUAAUAAAAAUCCAUCGGCUCACGAUCGAUUGCCAGCGUAUGCACAUCCAAGCCUCGGUUUGGCCGCAUUGGCCGGCCGAAAUCCAACCGGAGAUGGUGAUGAUGAACGUGGACAGCCCGGUGCUGGCGGUAGCACAAGUGAAUUUAGUGGUUUGGUUAGUUACUUCAGUUCGCAACAAGAUGAUUUGGAUUCAUAAAUGUCGAGAUCAAAUCAAUACACACACACAUGCGCAAUCCACACACAAACACUUUUAAAUCGUAAAGCCAUGAUUUCAUUUAGUCAUUGACGAAGUAAUAAACCAUUGCAGAAACUACUACUUAAUUAGAUUUAAACAGAUUUAGUACUCGUUAUUUGAGUUGAUUUUAUAAAAAUGGACGAGCAAACAUUGUUUAGUAAAUCGAUAGAACAAAAAAUGAAACACACACACAAACACACAAACACAGCGAUGUAGUCACAAACAUCACGCACCUACUCAAAUGUACGACAACCCCCGCGUACAAAGAAAAAUACAAAUCAUGUUCCAUAAACAAAAUAAAAAACCCACACCAAUUCACACGUUACAUAAAUACAUUUGUAUGAUAUAAAGCUAUUUAGAUGAGAAGAGUCAAAUGUUUAUGGUUUUUGCAUAGAAUUUGAAAUUUAGUAGAGAUAUAGUGUCUAAUUCGUGUAAUAUAAUUGAAAACAAAUCUUAUGCAGAAAGACGAUGUUCAUCAUAUUUCUCUGAUAAAUCAACUGUUACACGACAAAUUUAACUCACAAAUUAAGUUUAGCGAAUCAAAAAAAUAAUUAUAAUAUUGUAGUAUUUAUGUAAGAAUAAUUUUGUCUUUUUGUUUCUCUACUCCAUUUCGCUUUGACAAGCGAUCAUUGAUUUUAACCUUGCAAAGUGUAAAAAAAAAUUUAUACAUUUAACCAGAUUGAUAAAUUUACAGAAUAGAAUUUAAAUCCAAAUGGGAAAAUGUAUUUUUAUUUAUUUUCGUAUUAGUCAAGUAAAUAAUGAAACAACAAACACAUAAUCAAAUUUAAUAUGUCAUCCGCUGACAGUGUCAAUGUAAGUAAUCCCUUUCCAUGAUAUAAAAUGAUAUUUAUAUAGUAUAUAUGAAAGCAGCUUGUGCAAGCUACAAAAUGAUUAUGAUUAUUGUAAUAAAACUAAACAAUACAAAUCCUAGACACUUUUUAUUUUAAAAUAAUUUCCAUAUAUUAGUUUGUCCAAUGUCAGCGUAGAAGUAUCGUUUUCACAAGACAAACGAUUUAAUCGUCGGUAGUUAUAAUUUUUAGUUAAAAUUUAAGCAAUAACACCAUGAACAAAGUUUUCAUGAAUUUAAUUUACAAUUCAGUUCCCAACAAAAAAAUAAAAGAAUAUUAAACAAACAUCAACAACAUAGACAUAAAUUUUUAUUAUUUAU